UGCUCUUUGUUUCCUCCGCCUCGUCGUUCAUUCAUUUAUAUUAUUAUGCAAAUAAGCUUCUCCUAAUUCUGCACUCACUUCACCUUUCCUCGGUCGUUUCACUAUAUUCUAUACUAUCCAUUUAUCAUUUCUACAACUACUUUUUAACUUAAGAUGACGCAGAAACUAUCAGAAAAUGAAGAGAAGGAUGACACUGGUUACUAUACACCGAAGAAUAUAUUGAAUCCUGCUAUGUUCCGGCUGGCGGAGAUAACUCGUGCCUUAAGCGAAGUUAAUAUGGAAGUUGAAAAGGAAAAGCUGUUUGAUGAUAGAAGACAUACUAUAAAUGUGGACCAGUUCACCCGAGAAGAAAUUGAUAUCAACGAAAGAAACAAUGAAUCUCCAGAUGCUAUCGAAAUUUUAGAUCGAAGAUCUGAGAAGCAACACUGCAAAUGGACCACGAAGCUGAAGAACAACGAGGACACAAUAGCCAAAGUCUUGAUUAUUUGCCUCAUUAUAUCUAUCACUUUAUUAAUGUUAAUGCUGAUUUUCUGGAGUUGAGUUAACAGAGAUGAACGUUGUUUAUCAGUUUUCAAUGUUUAUUUAUUUCAUAACCCAUUAAAAAGUAAAGAGUUGAUAAUUUA